UGUUGGCGAUUACAGCGCGUUGAUUUGCUUGUCACUGAAGCGAGAGCAGGAUGUGAGCUGUCGGAAUCCCCAUCAGUGUCCUCCAGCAUGAAGAGGAGAAGCGCUUGACGGGAUCUCGGUGAAGGCAGUGUGAUCUCGGCAGGAUGCUUCGGCUGUUCGCGGCUCUGGUGAUUGUUGGGCUGCUGCUCGCCUGCUUCACUUCCUGGCUGUUUGACAGCUAUGACAGCUCCCGGCACCCGAAGCGCAGUCUACACCCGUCCAGAGACACCGGCCCCCCGUACCCCGGCGGCCAGCGGGACAGGGUGUUCUGGUUUGUGCAGGUUUCUGACAUCCAUAUCAGUCGUUUCCGCGAUCCCAGGCGCAUUCCAGACUUCGAGAAGUUCUGUAGUGACACUAUUGAUGUGAUCAAACCUGACCUCGUGCUGGCCACAGGGGACUUAACAGAUGCAAAGACUGAGAAUAAAAUGGGCUCUCUUCAGCAUGAAGUGGAGUGGCAGGCCUACCACAAUGUCCUGAAAAGAUCACGAGUGCUGGAACGAACUAAAUGGAUUGACAUUCGAGGAAACCAUGAUGCCUUUAAUAUUAUUUCACUGGAGAGCGUGAACAAUUAUUACAGGAAAUACUCUGCCAAUCAGAAAGUUGGAUCCUUCCACUACAUACACAGAACUCCUUUUGGGAACUACUCUUUCAUUUGUGCCGAUGCCACUCUGACCCCUGGACCCAAACGACCCUAUAACUUCUAUGGAAUUAUCAAUCAGACUCAGAUGGACAUGUUGGCGACCUUUAGAGAGGAGAGUCUGAGCAGUAACAACUCCAUCUGGUUUGGACAUUAUACCACAUCCACUGUCAUCUCCCCCUUCCCAGGAAUCCGAGAGCUCAUGAGUACAGCCGUGGCGUAUUUGUGUGGGCACCUACAUACACUAGGAGGCUUCAUGCAGGUACUGCACAGUCGACAUCAAGGAGGCACGCUGGAGUUAGAGCUGGGAGACUGGAUGGACAACCGCAGGUACAGGAUAUUGGCUUUCGACCAUGACCUGCUUAGUUUCACUGACAUGACGUUUGAGGACUGGCCAGCUGUGCUCAUCACCAAUCCCAAAGACGCCCAGUACCUGCACCCAGGAGUGGAGCCUCUGGGUCGUAUCCGCAGGUCCACGCACAUCAGGCUCCUGGCUUUCUCUGAAUCUCCAAUCACAGCUGUGCAUGUGAAUGUGGAUGGAGUUUCACUGGGGAAAGCGUUUAGCGCAGGGGGUCCUUUAUACGUGCUGCAAUGGGACCCAACGCUAUAUACUACUGGACUGCACACGAUCAGAGUUAAAGUGAAGGACUCUGCAGGACGCUCAAAAGUGCGAGAGCAGCAAUUCACACUGGAGGAAGGCCUCACUCCUAGCUUUGGCUUCAUGCAGUCCUUCAUCCUCCUCACAGACCACUACAUACUGGCACGGAUUGCCUUUGUGGGCAUAGUUUUACUAAACCUUGCUGGGCUUGUGCUCUUCAGAUUUAUGCCUGUAUCUUCUAUAAGAGGAUUGUCCUCUCAAGCGUGGACAUCUGUGCAUCUUGUCAGUAAAAGCAACACGUUCUUCUAUUCUCUGUUGCUGUUCAACCUGUGUACAGCAUUAGGUCCAUGGUUCAUUGGCGAAGUCAUUGAUGGACACAAUGGAGCCUGCUUUGCUUUUGGCGUGUUUGUGGAUGGCCAUUUCCUUCAAGGCAGUCUUUCCUAUGUCGUGGGAGUCACACAGGUGCUCUUCUUCAAUAUGCCUCUCACUUAUUACCUCUGCUGGAGUCUUCACCACAGGUCUCGCGGUACCAGCUUCCGCUCGCAUUUCUGCCGGCCAGGCAGCCGCUGGAGGAAUCUGGCCAUGCACAUAGGCAUGCUGGUCCUCAUGAUUUGGCAGGCUUAUUCUUGCUACUUCCUGCUGGAGACCUACGGGCUGCUGGCAUUCUUCCUCUCUCCCGUACGUACCUGGGCCCUGCUCAUGGGUCUGCUGUUGGUGUACAGGGCAUGGUGGGGAACACCUCCUAACUUCUUCAGUGGCAGCAAGACCAAGCGGCCAUCAUGACGGUGACAGCUGAAGAGAGGCCUUCACCUGCAUCAUGUUUUGUGCCAAGCUCUUCCCUCCAUUCACUGCGG